AAUUUCUUUUAACAGCCGAAAAAAUAUUGAUAAUCAUACAUUUUUAUCUUUUUAGUUAAGUUAGAUUUUAUAAUGGUAUAGUUUAAUAUAUUUCUUUUAAUUUAAAAUGAAAAGUGUUUAAUUUGACUAUUGUACCGAAACAAAUUUGAAACGUUCCAGUCUGAAGUGUGUAGCUAGCUCGAUAUAACUGUCAAUUUGGGUGUAGAAAUUUAUUUGUAAUUUUCACCGGUUCUUAUGUGCAAUUUCCGAAUGUGUUAAACUAUUUUUAACCAUUGUUCCUUGCGAAAUAAUGUUAUUUAGUGUAUGUAGUGUAUAAAAUUGUGCAAAAAUGGAUGACGGUUCUGUAAAAAUCCAGUCCGGGAUCAACAUCAACAUUAAAAGAACAGAUGGACGGAUCCACUCGGCGAUCGUUUCCGGUGUGAAUAUGGAGACGAGAUCGGUGACAGUGGAAUGGUUCGAGCGAGGGGAGACCAAGGGCAAGGAGGUCGAGAUAGAUGCCAUCCUCGCCCUCAACCCUGAGCUCUGCGGACAGAGACACACUCCGCACAUACAGCCUACACCCAACAAACUGGCCAGGGAUCCGUCGGGUUCGUCGUCGGACGAGGGCGGGUUCCUGGGCGAGGCGGACCGCGGCGACCUCGAGGCCGGGGACUCCGGACACACGCUGCCUGUCCGCAACUCACGAUCGGACAUGACGAGGCAGUCCAUUCCUGUCGCUACCAAAGCUCCCUCCCGCGUGACUCGUAACAAUCAGAUGAGGGUGUCUAAUGCUGGAGUUGUCGCGGGAACUGGUGGGGCGUACACUAACGGCCACGGCGGAGACACCACCGGCCGCCGGGGGGCGGAGAACGUGCCGCCUCAGACGCAGCCCGCGCCCAACACCAGGGUUACCCAACAGCCGCCAUCAUCCGGUGGUGGACAGCGCACCAGCAGUACCCCGAGCGCCUCCGUCAUACAAAGUCUCCCGCCGACAAACCAGGGCCGAAGGGCGCACAAUAUAAAAGAGUUCACUGGUGUGUCAUCGGCGAGGGCGGGCGGCGUGGCCAGUUCCGUGUCUGUGUCGGCGCCUCACGCGGCCGCCUCGGGGGCUGUCAGACGCUCCAACGUGGUGAAGGAAGUGGAGAGACUCAAGGAGAACAGGGAGAAGAGGAGACAGAGGCAGGCCGAGCUCAAAGAGGAGAAGGAGGCUCUCAUGAACAUGGACCCCGGCAACCCCAACUGGGAGUUCCUAGCGAUGAUCCGCGAGUAUCAGAGCAGCAUCGACUUCAGACCACUGACGGGCAACGAGCCGGUCGAGGAUCACCAGAUAACGGUCUGCGUGCGGAAGAGACCGCUCAACAAGAAGGAGCUCGUCAAGAAAGAGGUGGAUGUCAUCAGCGUCCCGACCAAAGACCAGAUGAUAGUCCACGAGCCGAAGAACAAAGUAGAUCUCACGAAAUACCUCGAAAACCAGAAGUUCAGAUUCGACUACGCCUUCGACGACUCCUGCACCAACGAAGUUGUUUACAAAUACACGGCCAAGCCGCUGGUGCAGACGAUAUUCGAAGGCGGUAUGGCGACCUGCUUCGCCUACGGACAGACCGGCUCCGGCAAGACACACACCAUGGGCGGGGACUUCCAGGGUAAGAUGCAGGACUGCAAGAAGGGGAUCUACGCCAUGGCCGCCCGGGACGUGUUCGCCUACCUCAGGUCCCCCAAGUACCGGCCACUCAACCUCAUCGUGUCAGCCUCCUUCUUCGAGAUAUACUCCGGCAAGGUGUUCGACCUCCUGGCAGACAAAGCCAAGCUGCGAGUGUUGGAGGACGGCAAGCAGCAGGUGCAGAUCGUGGGUCUGACGGAGAAGGUCGUGGACAACGUGGACGAGGUGCUGAAACUCAUUCAGCACGGCAACGCCGCUAGGACCUCGGGACAGACGUCAGCCAACUCGAACUCGUCGAGGUCGCACGCCGUGUUCCAGAUCGUGGUGCGGUCCCCGGGCAUGCACCGCGUCCACGGGAAGUUCUCCCUCAUAGACCUGGCGGGCAACGAGCGAGGCGCCGACACCUCCUCCGCUAACCGGCAGACCAGAAUGGAGAGUGCGGAGAUCAACAAGUCGCUGUUGGCGUUGAAGGAGUGCAUCCGAGCUCUGGGCAUGAAGGGCAACAACCACCUGCCGUUCCGCGUGUCCAAGCUGACGCAGGUGUUGCGAGACAGCUUCAUAGGAGACAAGUCUCGCACCUGUAUGAUAGCGAUGAUAUCACCCGCCAUGUCGUCCUGCGAGCACUCGCUCAACACGCUGCGGUAUGCGGACAGAGUCAAAGAGCUGGGUACGUCGGAGGGUUCCCGCGGGCGGGCGGAGUCCCCGCAGGCUGAUGUGGACAUGGAACCGGCCACAGACGACCUCGCACAUCUCAGAUCACUUAACGAGGGUGACAUGUCUGCCGAGAUGUACACCUUCCACGAGGUCAUAGACGAGCUGCAGCGGGCCGAGGAGGAGGUGCUCGACAACCACAAGGCCAUCUCGGACUACCUCCAGCACGCGCUGCAGCGCUGCAACGCGCUUCUAGCGCUCACCAGGGACGUGGACUACGACCAGGACGCGUACGUGACCCAGUGGGAGGAGCUUCUGAACGAACAGCUGGCGGUGCUGGCUCAGUCCCGCGACCUGGCGGCCGAGUUCAGGAACAAGAUGCAGAAGGAAGAACGGAUGUCCAGACGCAUACAGCCCAGACACUAGGCCGGGCACACGCGCAUUUAACUAUAAAGGCCUCCUUUUGUAGAUAUUUUUAAUGAUCGAGAGUCAAAUCGGUGGUGCGGUGGUCUGAUCGGCUGGAUAAUUUAAGGUUCAUAUUUCCCCGUAGCAGCGUGCGAGGCGACACCGGUCCCGUAGCCUUGUAAAGUUUGAUUUGUUGGAAUACUCGCGCCGUCGUGAACUAGACCGGUGUCCGGCAAAAUUUCCACGCGGGCCUCGUUACAGAGCCGCGUCCCGUAUCCGACGUCAGCGGACUCGCGUGACAUAUCCCUGGGCUAAAGGUCGUCUGUUGUUAUAAUGUUCCCCGAUGGCCGCGCCUCCGGCUCGUUGAGAACCGGCCCUGUCAUAUUUGCCGGUACAAAUAUCGCCGUAGUUCCGAGAGGUUCCGCAGUCGGCCGAGUCUUGUAUUCAGUGUACUCGGAACCGAUGAGGUAAAUUUCUACACACAGAUUUCGUGGGAUCCCUCAGACUGUUGCCUUCGCUUAGUUUCUCAUCUUAAAUCACAUCGACUCAUAAAAAAUCGUAAAACAUCAUUAUAAUUAAAAAAUAGUAAAACCACUUAAAUGACUAACUAUUAUAAGGUUUUUUUUUUCCAAGACAAUACUUAUAUUUUGUUUUUUUUUUUUUUGUAAUCCUUAUUUAUUGUGUUGUGAUAAUAAUUGUAACGUGUUUUAUCCCGAGCUCGCGGACGUUCUCGCGUCGAUUUGAAUAAAAACCGCUUGUGAUUAUUGUUUGUUUGAUUUUAAUUUCUCCGUCGGAAUGUAUGGAUGUCGGACAUUCUUUUGGGUAUAUUUUGACAGAUUAUACGAUUCGCUGGUGCUAGAGCAGUCGCCGGUACUCCUCGGUGUCUGUGUUCGCCUUAAACGAGCGCUGUUGUUCCUAAUAUAAUAAAAGCGUCAACUCAGUCGGCGGGUUCCUCCACUGACUCGUACGAUCCAAUCGCUACCUGUCCGCUGUCCGGCGCCACGUCGUUUUAUUUACACUCCGAUGCAGUGCUUACAAAGUUUAUUAGAUAGUGCUUUAUGGAUGACUCGGUACUCUGUAUCAGAGAGAAGCGCCGAUGUUGACGAAAUCUCUAUGUUAAUGUAGUUAGGGUCGCCGAUGACGUCAUCGUAGAGCUCGUUCUGCCUUGUAUAGAAGUAUGAAACGGACGAGUGAGCGAGGCGGGUGAGGCGAGUGAGGUGACGCGGUCGUGCUAGAGACGCUUUAUAAUAUAAACCUAUUUUAACAUCGCACAUUAUAAUAAAUUAAUCUGAAUUGA